AUGUCAUUCACAGGAACUCUUGAUAAAUGCAAAGCUUGUGAUAAGACUGUUUAUGUUGUUGACCUGUUAACUCUUGAAAAUAUACCUUACCAUAAAAAUUGCUUCAAAUGUAGUCACUGCAAGGGAUAUCUUACGAUGAGCACCUACUCCUCAAUGGAUGGUGUCCUCUAUUGUAAGCCACAUUUUGAGCAGCUUUUCAAAGAAUCCGGCAAUUUUAGCAAGAACUUUCAAACAGCAAAGUCUUCUGAGAAACAAAAUGAGGCGAAUAGAGCCCCCAACAGACUAUCCUCUAUGUUUAGUGGAACUCUAGACAAAUGUUCAGUCUGCACAAAAACAGUCUAUCCUUUGGAAAAGAUGACACUGGAAGGGGAAUGUUACCACAAGAAUUGCUUUAGGUGUGCUCAUGCAGGUUGCCACCUUACACAUUCUUCAUAUGCUGCCCUAGAUGGUGUCCUUUAUUGCAAGCACCAUUUUCAACAACUUUUCAUGGAGAAAGGAAACUACAAUCAUGUACUUCAAGCUGCUGCAAAUAAAAAGAAUGCAACUCCACCUCCUGAACCAUCUGAACCAGUUGAAUCAGAUGAACCAGCUGAAUCAGCUGAUGCUGCUGAUGUUGAUGAUGAACCAUCAAAGCCAGAUGAAGAAACAGAGGAACAGACAGAAGAAAAGUCUGAGACACAGGAAGAUUGA